AUGAAAGCCUCGAUAGUGGAACGCUUCAAUCGUGCGCUGAAGAAUGAAAUGUGGAAAGUGUUUACGCUCAAUGGAUCGUACACAAUGAGUAGACGCGUUAUCGCACCUCGUACCGCGAGAGUACACGCUCGACGACACUGUACUAUCGCGAUGCGGCCGGUCGACGUCACGCCGGCCACAGCUGCACGGUUGUUAUCCACUGUUUACAAGCGCGUGAAGAUCGCCGCGCCAGCGAAAUUCCGCGCGGGCGAUACGGUGCGCGUGAGCAAAUUCAAGACCGUCUUCGCGUCGGGCUAUACACCGAAUUGGACCGCGGAGGUGUUUAGGGUAGCGAAGGUGCAACGGACCAAUCCCGCGCCGUACCUGUUGGAGGACUAUCGUGGCGAUAGUUUCGAACUCUGGCAGCUUCUACGAACACGAGUUGCUCAGAGCACGUAA